AUGACGAAGUCUCUUCAUCACACAGAGCGGCAUGGCUCUGCUCAAUUAGAGAAAAGCUUCUCGAAACUCAGCAUGGUUGCCAUGACUUUCGCGAUUCUCAAUACUUGGAUCGCCUUGGCUGGAUCUAUCGGGAUCGUCAUGCCAUCCGGCUCUUCUGUUGCAUUUCUUUAUGGGUUCAUCUUCUGCGUACUGUGCAAUCUGUGCCUUGCAGCGAGUCUGGGAGAGCUUGCAUCGGCAUGGCCUACAGCUGGAGGACAGUAUCACUAUGCUCACGCGCUCGCAAAGGAGAAUUGGAAAAAAUCGAUAAGCUUUUGGGUUGGUUGGACCAGCAUUGCUGGCUGGUUGACUCUUGUCACAACAGAAGGAUUCUUUGCUGCCCAAUUCAUAUCAGCAGGUGCAGUCAUAGGAUCGAACGGAACCUACCAGAUCAAACAAUGGAGAACGUUUCUUAUAUUUCUAGCAAUCCUCACCUUCACAACUCUGUCCAAUCUCUACGGCAACAAGAUCCUCGCGAAAUGGAAUGAUGGGGCAUUGUAUUGGUCUAUUUUAGCAGUCGUAGUGAUAAGUAUUACCAUCCUUGCUACAUCUGACAAAAACGAUGCAUCCUUCGUCUUCACGGACUUUAACAAUGACACUGGUUGGAGUGACGGAACUGCAUGGAUCUUGGGACUUCUACAAAGCGCUCUCAGCCUUAUUGGCUUCGAUGCUGCAUGCCACAUGACUGAAGAAAUGCCUUCCCCGAGUAGAGAUACUCCCCGCGCUAUUGUCUAUGCCAUCCUGGUCGGAGGCGUCACUGGCGUGGCAUUUAUUCUCAUUAUCCUUUUUUGUCUUACAGAUAUCGACACCGUACUUCAAACGUCUACCAACAUGCCCAUCACCGAGCUGAUCCACCAAGCAACGGGUUCUCGUGCCGCGGCAGUGAUCUUGACCGUCAUGCUGGCAAUAUGCUUCAUCAACGGCACGAACGGAUGUGUGACCAGUGCCUCUAGAUUGCUCUUUGCCAUGGCUCGAGACAAAGGUACACCAUUCUCUGACUUUUUCUCGACCAUCAACCCGCGCACACAUGUCCCUUCGAGGACUAUCAUUUUCUGCUUUGAGUUUAAUCUGUUGUUUGGUUUGCUAUAUCUCGGUCCGACUGUAGCUUUCAACGCAUACGUUGCUUCUACCACUGUUUUCCUCAAUGUCUCAUACGCGAUGCCAGUCCUCAUUCUGGUCUUACGCGGGCGAGGAAUUCUAGAUCGUGAGACGAAAGCCUUCAGUCUAGGAAAGUACGGAUAUUUCGCCAACUGCGUGGGAAUCAUCUUUGUCGGUGUCACCUCUGUUUUCUUUUGUUUCCCUGCAGCCCUGCCAACGACCAGUAGCAAUAUGAAUUAUGUCUCCGCUGUUCUCGGCAUAUUCGUGAUCCUUCUCACGGGCAUAUGGUUGAGCUAUGGGAAGCAGUACCGAGGCCCAGAAUUCAGCAUCAUUCUGGGUGGUGGGAGCACACAGCCACAAAGCAUUGAAGAAGUGGUGGUUGCCAGCGAAGGGAAGAAUCGAUCGGAGAAGACUUCAACCACUGAAGAGUAA